CAUGUCCCCGCGCCAGAGCCCCCGCCCGAAGAGAGACCACCAGCAGCAAAGCGAGCCGGACGGCCAGCGGGGAAGGAAAUCGAGACAAGCGGCGGCGGCGGCGGCGGCGGCAGCAGCAGCGCAGGGCGCACGCGCUUCUCGUUUCGUGUCCCCAGGAAGGGGAAGGGACGGAGGCAGGGAGCCGAAGCUUCGAGAAGGGUUGUUCGGUCGAGGAGGAACGGGGAGGCUGGCGGCCGAGGGCCCGGGCGGCAUGGGGAGGGACGAGCUGCUGCGGCGGAGCCUCGUGGCGCUGGCGGCGGUCGUGGUGAUUACGGGGCUUGCCACGGCGUCGCUGCGGAAGGCGGCGGCCACGUACGGCUUCGGCAUCCUGGCCAUCGCCGGCGUGCUGCUCCCGGACUGGGAGUUCUUCGACCGCGACUUCUCCCAGUGGCUCACCCCCAUGCCCGCCUCCCGCCGCACCGCCGCGGCCGCCGCCGCCGAGCGCGAGCACGACGUCUGGAAAUUCAAGCCCUACCCGCUCAGGAUGGCCAUGCUGACGACGAUCUACGGGUUCGGGCUAUACAAGUGGUGGAUGUACGUAUCUAGCUAGUGGAUCCUCCUCUUUCCCCCCUGUAGUAAAGUUCUUUUUUUGGAAGAAACACCAUGACAUUGCCUUCUCAUGUCCCACCAUUCUUCAUUGUGAUCAGAUCAGCCAGUUAUAUAUUUGCCUGGUUAUACGCUGCUGAUACGAAAAAAAAUCUUCUGAUGGGAAACUCCCGACACAAGUUGAUUGUAUGUAACUAGCGGGUUUUGUAAUGUGGAAACGCCAUCAUUCUUAUUUCUUAGCUUGAAAACACGAAGCUAGGUUUUAUUCCUUCUCCUCUUCGUCACUCUUGCAGCCUUCCUUCAUGAAUCAUGAUGCUUCUCCAUCAGAAACCUUUGAUUUUCGGAGGAAUAUGAAUAUAUAUAGUACUGUGCCUCA